UGCAUAAUCACAGUUUUCAUUCAAAAUUCCAUAAAAUGGAGCCUCGCAAAGCUUCACCAUUAUCGUGGGUCUUGAUCUUCUUCCUUACCAUUUCCUUGUGGGGAGUUAAGGUAUCAAGUGAAGAGCACCACCACCAUGGCAAAUCUAAAGAGGGACCUGUGGUGGAAAGGGAUCAAAGGAGGACAUUACUUGUCACUGAAUUUGGAGAGAUCACUGCCAUUGACAUCAAGGAAGGACAAAAGGAACUACCCUACCAUCUUCAGUUCAUCACAUUGGAGCCAAACUCGCUAUUUCUCCCUGUGCUUCUCCAAGCAGACAUGGUCUUUUAUGUUCAUACAGGGAGUGGAAAGCUGACUUGGGCAAAUGAUGAUGGUACUAGUACGAUUCGUUUACGCGAAGGAGAUGUCUGCAGUCUCAAUGAAGGAUCUGUUUUCUAUAUACAGAGCAACUUAGAGGCUGAGAGAAGGAAACUUAGGAUUUAUGCAAUGUUUACCAACACAGACGACAAUACUUACGAUCCAUCAAUCGGUGCUUACUCAAGGAUCAAUGAACUGGUCAAAGGCUUUGAUAAGAAAAUCAUGCAAGCAGCUUUGAAGGUGCCGGAAGAUUUGAUCGAAGCAAUCAUUAACAAGACGGAGACUCCAGCUAUAGUGCAUGCGGUUCCAGAGAAGCGAAAUAUUGUCCAGGAGCUGGAGGCUUCGUUUCUUAAAAACUUUUUAGGCGUUGGGUCCAACUCCAAGAAACUCGAAACAUACAACAUCUUUGAGCAUGACCCUGACUUCAAAAAUCCCAUUGGUUGGAGCACAGCAGUGACCAAAAAGCAACUAAAGUCAUUGAAGCGGACCAACAUUGGAUUUCUGAUGGUGAAUUUGAACAUGGGAUCAAUAUUGGGGCCUCAUUGGAAUGCAAAGGCAACAGAGUUGACAGUGGGAGUGGAUGGGGAAGGCAUGGUCCGAGUAGUAUGUGGAAGCGGCAAUGAAAAUGAGACAGAAUGCCAAAACAUGAGGUUUAAGGUUAAGGAAGGUGAUGCUUUUCUGGUGCCUAGGUUUCAUCCAAUGGCUCAGAUGUCAUUCAACAAUGGACCAUUUGUUUUUCUCGGCUUCAGCACUUCAGCAAAGAAAAACCACCCUCAGUUUUUGGCGGGAAAGGGAUCAGUGCUUCAUAUUCUAGACAAAAAGAUACUGGCCAGGUCUUUGGGUGUGAGUAACAGAACCAUUGAUGAGCUUCUGCGUUCUCCCGAGGACUCCAUCAUUUUCAGAUGCAGUUCCUGCGCAGAGGAAGAGGAGAAGAUAAUGAAGGAGGAGGAGGAGGAAGAGGAGAGCAAGAAAGAAGAAGAAGAGAGGAAGAAAAAAGAAGAGGAGGAGGAGGAAGAGGAGAAAAAGAAAAAAGAGGAGAGGAAGAGAGAGGAAGAGGAAGCUAAAAGGCAACAAGAAGAGAGGGAAAAGAAGCGAGGGGAGGAGGAAGCUAAGAGAGAAAGAGAGGAAGAAAAAGCUAGGAUGGAGAAAGAAAGGGAAAGGAAAGGAGAAGAGGAAGCAGAAAGGGAGGAAGAAGAAGCUAGAAGAGAGCAAGAAUGGAGAAGAAAAAAGGAAGAAGCAGCUGCUAAAAGAGAGCAAGAAAAGAGGGAAAGGAGGAGACAGGAAGAAGAAGCUAAAAAAUGGGCAGAAGAGAAGGCUGAAAGGGAGCAAGAACAAGCUACGAGAGAAGCAGAAGAAGCACAGAGGGAACAAGAACAAGCUAAAAGAGAAGCAGCACAGAGGGAACAAGAACGGGCAAAAAGAGAGCAAGAAAGGAGGCGGCGAGAAGAAGUAGCUGGAAAGGGAGAAGAGGAGGAAGAACACGCAGGAAGAGGGCACGAAAGGAGAAAAGAAGAAGAAGAAACAGCACGGAGGGAACAAGAACAAGAACAGGCUGAAAGACAGCAACAAAAGAGAGAAAAGAGGAGACAAAAGGAGGAACAAGGAGAAGGAGAAGAAGAAGAAGAAGAAGAUGAAGAAGAACCAACAUGGUGGGAGAGAAGAGAAAGAAGAAAACAGAAGGGGAAAAGUCCAGAAGAAGGAGUAGAAUGGGAGCAAGAAGAAGCCAGGACAGCAAGCAGGGAGGGAGAGAAGAAAACACCGAGAGAGUGAUAGACAAGUUGAAAAACAAAGCCACAGGAACAGCUUUGAAGGAAGGAGAGUUUUGAAAAUAAGGAACGUUUGAUUCCCUCUUGAGACUUAGACUCCUGGUGUGUAUUUUUACAAUAAGAACUUCUUUUAUGUCUUUGUCAUGUUUUACUUAUGUUUGUUUUUUAUGACUGGUUGUUGAAGGCCAACGUUUCAUGAAUGCUGGUAGUUUGAUUAGUAAUUUAGUACAAAUUAGUGAAUUUGGCUUCUCUAAA